GUCUGUUUUCUCUUUUCUAAGAGACGUGUGCUUUCGGGAAAAAUAUCCUGAAUGACUGAAAAAUGGCAGAUUCCGAGGUUCUUAAGAAAUUGAAAGAUAUACCAUUCAAAAUACAGACCGCAAGUUUAAAAGAAAGACGUGCAGUUAUUGAAGAAAUUCAGGAUGUUUUAUCAAAAGAAGGUAUCACAGAAGCUGUAGUGCGCUAUGUGUGUCGUGUAGUGGUAUCAACAGUCCACCGAUACAAUGAUGCAACAUCGCAGUCCUAUAUAAAAGGCCUACUGGCAUAUCUGGCUUACCACCACUGUGAAUGGACUCUAAAAAAUAUAGUACCUGUAUUAUUUGACAUCUCUGAGCAGUUAAGGAAUACAGCUACAUCAAAAAGCAUAUGCCAGAGUGGGUUGUAUGUGCUCCGAUGGUCAACUGUGGUGGCUGAAAGUGCAGUUAAGAACAUCAUGGAAGAUGGAGUUGACUACAAUCUUCUAGUACUUACUCAGGCUAACUUGCUAGCAACUGUUAUUGCCUAUGGUGACCAAAAGAAGAAUGAGAAAGCUUAUACAGUGCUUCACACAUCAUGGAGUACAAUUGGGGUGGAAGGUCUCCAGAAGUGGGUGGAUGUACUCGUAUCGCAGCCAGCAGAUACGAGCGUGAACGUAUGCGUGGCGCUCUCCGCACUGUGCCGCCACUGUACCCAGCAAGACGUGCAGAACAUACUUACUUCACACAAGCAAAAAAUGUUGGAAAGUUUCACGAAGAGCUUGAUCAAUGUCAAAACUCGUCCGAAUGCAAACUACAUCCGUGGAUGCGCUGAACUGCUACAUAUGCUUGAUGAAAAAGAGGUGUGUGAAACACUGUUGCCGGCACUACAAAAAGCAAUGCUACGUAGCCCUGAAACUGCCGCGCAGGCCGUUGGCGAGGUGCUGGCAGCCCUGCGCCUGCCCCUCGCCGCUCCAGCAUUAGAGAUUGGAAAGGGGCUUAUCGUGAACUUACAUUCCAAGGACGAGUGGGUCCGCGGUGAGGCGUUGAUAGCUCUCCGACGAUUGGCUCGUCGAUGUAAUGACUUAAAGAUUGCGCGCGCGCUGCUCACGCACGCCUUCGCGGAGUACAACGGCGCCAGUGGGAAACUAACAUCCAGUGAGGACAAGAUCGCCGUUUUGAACGGUGUGAGUGCGCUUAGUGAGUCGGCCGUGUCCGCCGCGGAGCGACCGCAGCUGUUGGAGGAGGCGGUGAAGCAGAUAACGCGCGUGCUCGACACAGAGUCGCACGAGCGGACACUGUGCGCCGCGCUCGACACACUGCGCCAGUGGGCCGCUGCGCCCCGAGCCCCGCUCCCCGCCGCCCUCCUGCACGUGUACCAGAAAAAUCUGUCGGCGAAAAGUACGACGCAAUUGGUCCGGAUCGCAUACACGUCGCUGGUGGCGUUGGGGCUGCACGCGGGCGGCGCGGCCCCCGAGCACGCCGCGGCCCUGCGCCCGCUACUCGCUAAAGCCGUCGACAAGGCGGUGCAGCAACCGCUGCAACCGUUGGUCGUGAGCGAGGGCAUCAGUGCAAUGCUGGGCCUAGUAGCGCUGGACACUGAGCGCGCGCUGCCCACCACGGGGGCGUGGGCAGCGCUCACUCACCCCACCCGCCCCUCCAUACUACACGAACGCACGCUCGCGGCCGCGCCAGACGACGUCCUAAUACAGGUGGUGUUGCUAUGCAGAACAUUGUUGGAAAACUACCCAUGUGUUGCCAGCGAACAGGAUUCUCCUAUAUAUAAGGCAUUUAUACUAGUCCUUCUGUCGCCGAUCAAAGCCGUCCGCGACGCGGCAUUAGAAGAAGUCAAAUCAUUAUUAGCUAAUGAAGAAAGAGCCGAACUGGCAAAAUGUUUAGUCACUAAAUUAAAUGAAGUCUUAGAAGAAGGAAAAAUAUUCACAUCCAAAGAAAAAACUCCUCCAGAAGAGAAAACGUCAGAUGUCACCGGGAAAAUGAUACUAGAUUGUAUUCAAGCUUUAUGCUCAUUUAAAGAGUAUCCCACACUGGAUGCUCAGAACUUGGCACUAGCGGCAUUGCCUUGCUGCCACCAUCCACUAGUGGCGGCCAUACAGCGUCGCGCCUGGCAACGGCAAUGUUCGCGACUACGACAGGACCCACACAAACUAGUGGGACUGUACGCUGCCACACUCAAGGACACUUACAUCAUACCCUACACACCCAACCAGACGUCGUGGAACGUGGUGCGGACGCUAGUAGAGUGGAACUCGGAGGCGAUAGCGGGCGCGGCGCUGCAGGUGGCGCUGGACGCGCUGCUCGAGCCCGCGCUGCUGCGCGUCACGCGCGACGAGUACUUCACCUAUCUCACGCCCCCCGGGGAACUCUACGACAAGAGUGCUGUGCCCGGGAACGAGGACAGUAAAGAAAUGAACUUGAAACGAGAAAGUAAGGCGUACAGUUACAAAGAGCAACUUGAAGAGUUGCAAUUGCGCCGCGAGCUUGAAGAUAAGAAGAGGAAAGAAGGAAAAAUUAAGGAGGUUCCUUUAACAUCUAAACAGAAAGAAGCAAUCAAAGCUCAAUUGGCCAAAGAGAGUGCUAUACGGGAAAGGUUAAGUGCAUUGAACGCCCGUGUGGUGGCGGGUACAGAUCUGAUAUCAGCCAUCGCGGUGGCCAGUCCGCGCGCGCUGGGCACGCGAGCGCGAGUGCUGGUGCCCGCGCUGCUGGCCGCCACACGCAGCCCCCUCGCCGCCCCCGCGCUGCUGCCCGCCAUACUCGCGCUGCGGCCCGCGCUGUUGCCCGCGCACGCGCUGCUCGGUGACACCGUCGCCAGAGUCACUAUCAGAUUACACAAUCCUCAAUGCGACAUGGAUCCCAGCUGGGAGGAGGAGGACCUGGACGGCGCGACAAUACGAAGCAUCAACAUGACGCACGCGGCCACUGUAGCGCUGAAGGGAACCGACGAAGAAGAAACAUCGGAGAAGAGCUACUUCCCCCCACCUGGCUUCUGCUACGUGUUCCCCCUGCUCAAGAUGGGAUUGACCCGUUCGUCGACGCGCGCGGACGAGGUGACGAUGGUGAGCGGUCUGCAAGUGAUCGCUCAUCACGCGGCCGUCGUGCCGCAGCCCGCCCUCAUGCCCAUCGACCACAUGUUCCGGCUCCUCAUCGAUCUCAUCAGUAGUACAAGCGGUCGCGUACAAACUGCGUGCACUGUGGCGUUAUUGGAGACGGCAGCGUGCGCGUCACGCGGUGGAGUCACCAGAGAUGAUGUCGCCUGUCUGUUAGCCGGACUACAGAACCCGCUAGAGGUAGUACGGGACGCGGCGUUGCGAGCGUUACUCAGGAUAGUGGACGGGUUGCCGAGUGUGUUGGAGGACCCGGAGUGCGCACUAGAAGUCACCGAACGUCUACUCGUCGCCACCUUUGAUGUAUCAGAAGAUAACAAGAAACUAGCGGAGGAGUUGUGGAACACGCUGCCGCUGGCGCAGCAGUGGAGCCGCGAGCCGGAGGUGUGGGAGCUGGUGGUGCGCGACGUGCAGCACCCCGCGGAGCCGCUGCAGCGCGCCGCCGCCCUCGCGCUGGCGCACCUCACCCGCCGCGACCCGCGCCCCGACGCGCCCGCGCGCGCCGCCUCCACCCUCCACCAGAUGUACUGCGACAAGCUGCCGCUGAUCCCCGCCAAGCUGGACCAGUUCGGGCACGUGGUGGAGGCGGCGGUGGACGAGUGGACGUGCCGGCGCGGCGCGGGCGUGGGGCUGUGCGCGCUGGCGCCGUGCCUGCGCGCGGAGCACGUGCCCGACGCCAUCACGUUCUUCGUGGAGCGCGGCCUCGCCGACCGGCACGAGGCCGUGCGCGCCGAGAUGCUCAACGCCGCCAUGGCCAUCGUCGAUAUACACGGGAAGGAAACGCUGAGCAGCCAGCUGCCUGUGUUCGAGAAUUUCCUCGACAAGGCGCCCAAGUCGGGCGGGUACGACGCGGUCCGGCAGAGCGUGGUAUUACUGGUGGGCUCACUCGCCCGCCACCUGGAGCCCGACGACGCCCGCAUCAAGCCCAUCACCCUGCGCCUCGUCGCCGCGCUCUCCACACCCAGCCAACAGGUGCAAGAAGCGGUUAGCAACUGUUUACCGCACUUGGUGAGUUCGCCCGCACUCGAAGACGAGAUCCCUGCCAUCAUGAACAAGCUUAUGAAGCAGCUACUCACUGCUGAGAAGUAUGGGGACAGGAAGGGUGCCGCGUACGGUAUAGCCGGUAUAAUCAAAGGACUGGGCAUACUAUCAUUAAAACAAUUGGACGUUAUGGGCAAACUGACUGAAGCCAUUCAAGAGAAGAAAAACUACAAGUACCGAGAAGGAGCUCUAUUCGGUUUCGAGAUGCUCUGCUACAAGCUGGGGCGUCUGUUCGAGCCGUAUAUCGUCCACGUGCUCCCCCAUCUGCUGCUCUGCUUCGGCGACAGCUCCCAGUACGUGCGGGCCGCUGCUGACGACACCGCCAAGCUCAUCAUGAGCAAGCUCAGCGCUCACGGCGUCAAGCUCGUGCUGCCCUCACUCUUGCAGGCGUUACAAGAUGAUAACUGGCGCACCAAGGCCGGUUCGAUCGAGUUGUUAGGUGCAAUGGCGUAUUGCGCGCCGAAGCAGCUGUCAUCUUGCUUGCCUUCGAUCGUACCGAAGCUUAUUGAAGUACUGAGCGACUCGCAUAUGCGCGUGCAGGAGGCGGGCGCUGAAGCGUUGAAGGUCAUCGGCUCCGUUAUCAGGAAUCCGGAGAUUCAAGCCAUCGUGCCGGUUCUACUCCACGCGCUCCAAGACCCGUCGAACAAGACAUCGGCGUGCCUUCAAACCCUGUUGGACACGAAGUUCGUACACUUCAUAGACGCGCCGUCGCUCGCGCUCAUAAUGCCCGUCGUGCAACGCGCGUUCCUCGACCGCAGCACGGAGACGCGCAAGAUGGCCGCGCAGAUCAUCGGCAACAUGUACUCCCUCACCGAUCAGAAGGAUUUGAUGCCGUACCUGCCCAAUAUCAUCCCAGGACUGAAGAGUUCGCUACUCGAUCCCGUGCCGGAGGUGCGCUCUGUGUCCGCGCGGGCGCUGGGCGCGAUGGUGAAGGGCAUGGGCGAGAGCAGCUUCGAGGAGCUGCUGCCGUGGUUGAUGCACACGCUCACCUCCGAGUCCAGCUCCGUGGACCGCUCCGGCGCCGCGCAGGGACUCUCCGAGGUGGUGGCCGGCCUCGGCGUGCACAAGUUGCACAAGAUCAUGCCCGACAUAAUCGCGACGGCGGAACGCACCGACAUAGCGCCGCACGUAAAGGACGGCUACAUAAUGAUGUUCAUAUACAUGCCGGGCGCGUUCACUGAUGAGUUCACCCCUUACAUCGGCCAGAUCAUCAACCCUAUACUCAAAGCACUCGCCGACGAGAACGAAUACGUGCGAGAGACUGCACUGAAAGCGGGACAGCGUAUAGUGACGCUGUACGCGGAGUCCGCUAUAACACUCUUGUUACCAGAGUUGGAAAGAGGCUUGUUCGAUGACAACUGGCGUAUCCGAUAUUCAUCCGUGCAACUUCUAGGGGACUUGUUGUAUCGUAUAUCCGGUGUCUCCGGCAAGAUGAGCACGGAGACGGCGUCGGAGGACGAUAACUUUGGUACUGAACACUCGCACAAGGCUAUCAUGAGCGCACUCGGCGCCGAACGCCGUAACCGAGUGCUCGCUGGCCUGUACAUGGGUCGCAGCGAUGUCGCGCUCAUGGUACGACAAGCGGCGUUACACGUAUGGAAGGUCGUCGUUACGAAUACACCUAAGACCUUGCGCGAGAUUCUACCGACAUUAUUCGGUCUCCUGCUGGGCUGCCUCGCUUCCACCAGCUACGACAAGAGGCAAGUCGCCGCACGCACCCUCGGCGAUCUCGUCAGGAAGCUCGGGGAACGCGUUCUUCCUGAGAUCGUGCCUAUUCUGGAGCGGGGUCUGCGAUCUGAACGCGCAGACCAGCGCCAGGGCGUCUGUAUCGGUCUCGGAGAGAUCCUAGCCUCCACCUCCAGGGACUCGGUUCUCAGCUUCGCCGACGGACUGGUGCCGACCGUGCGCACGGCGCUGUGCGACCCGCUGCCGGAGGUGCGCCUGGCGGCGGCGCGCACGUUCGACAGCCUGCACGCCACCAUCGGCAACAAGGCGCUCGACGACAUCCUGCCGCACAUGCUGCGCAACCUGCAUCACCCCGACCCGGCGGUGGCCGACGCCACGCUGGACGGUCUCAAGCAGGUGAUGGCGAUAAAGUCCCGCGCGGUGCUGCCGUACCUGGUGCCGGUGUUAACUGGUGGCGGCGGCGAGGGCGCGGUGGACACGCGCGCGCUGUCCGCGCUGGCGGCGGCGGCGGGCGGCACGCUGGGCCGCCACCUGCCGCGCGUGCUGCCCGCGCUGCUGGCCGCGCUCGUGCACGCGCGCCACCAGCCGCACGAGGCGCGCGAGCUCGACCAUUGCCGCGACGCGCUGCUGCCCGUCGCCGACGCCGCGGGGGUCAGGUGUAUAAUCGACACUCUCCUGGAGUGGAUCCGCACGGCGGAGGCGGACAAGCGUCGCGCGGGCGCGGCGCUGCUGUGCUCGUUCGUGACGCACACGCGCGCGGAGCUGACGCCGCACGUGCCGGCGCUGCUGCGCGGGCUGAUCCUGCUGCUGGCGGGCGAGGAGCGCGACGUGCUGCAGAUGGCGUGGGAGGCGCUCGCCGCCGUCACGCGCUCGCUCGACCCCGAACAGAUGGUGCACCACGUGGCCGACGUGCGGCAGGCCGUGCGCUACGCGGCCGCCGAGGUGGCCGACCGGCCCGAACCGCUGCUGCCAGGGUUCUGUCUGCCCAAGGGCAUCGCGCCGAUCCUGCCGUUGUUCCGCGAGUCGAUCCUGAACGGUCUGCCCGAGGACAAGGAGAAUGCGGCGUUGAUGCUGGGCGAGGUCAUCAAGCUGACCUCCCCGGCCGCCAUACAACCCUCUGUAGUCCACAUCACCGGGCCCCUUAUACGUAUCCUCGGCGACAGGUUCACUUGCAGCGUAAAGGCGGCCGUGCUGGAAACACUCGCUUCGCUACUAUCCAAGGUGGGGGCGAUGCUGAAACAGUUCCUGCCCCAGCUGCAGACGACGUUCUUGAAAGCGUUGAACGACCCGAACCGCGCGGUCCGCAUAAAGGCGGGCCUCGCCCUCUCGCAGCUCGUGCUGAUACACACGCGCGCUGAUCCGCUCUUCGUUGAGAUGCACAACGGGAUCAAGAAUGCUGACGAGCCUGCUAUACGGGAGACGAUGGUGCAAGCGCUGCGCGGCGUGAUAUCAGUGGGCGGGGACAAGAUGUCCGAGCAGCUGGCGCUGAGCGUGCUGACGACGCUGAGCGGCGCGCUGCUGGGGCACGCGGAGGAGGCCACGCGCGCGGGCGUGGGCGGCUGCCUGGGCGCGCUGCUGCCCGCGCUGCCGCCGCCGCACCGCGCCGCCGCGCUGCAGCACCACGUGCUCGCCCCCCCGCAGCCCGACAGCGCCGCGCUGCUGCACGGCCGCUCCUGCGCGCUCUUCGUCGCGCUCAAGGAGGCGCCGCAACACGUCUACACGGAUCCCUUCCAGGAGCGAGUGGAGCGCACGCUGCUGUCGUAUUUGAGCAGCGAGCACGUGCCGGUGGUGUGCAGCGGCAUACGAGGCAUCGCGUACCUCAUGCGGUAUCUGCUGAAGGAGGACCGCCCCACGCCGCCCAAUCUACUCUCGCAAUUCGUCAGGAGCAUGAACCACUCGAGCAACGAGGUGAAGCAGCUGAUGGCGAGCGCGAGCGCGGUGGGCGCGGGCGGCGCGGGCGCGGGGGGCGCGGGCGGCGAGCUGCUGCGCGCGCUGCUGCCGGCGCUCGUCAACGGCACCAAGGAGAAGAACACCUACGUGCGCGCCAACUCGGAGCUGGCGCUGCGGGCGCUGCUGCGUCUGCCGCACGACGACACCUUCUCGCAGGAGUGCAUGGAAUUGCUGGACGAGGGCGCGCGCGAGGCGCUGUCGGACGUGGUGGCGCGCGUGCUGCGUCGCUCUCACACCGAGCACGCGCGAGAGGAAGACCUCGACUACACGCUACUCACUUGA